GUAAGGGGCAGAAGUGGAACUGAAAGUGGGCUGGCUCCCAGACCCUGCCCUACCUCCCCAAGCUUCACGUGCGGGGACCGGUGCUGUCCUCUGGACUUGGGCUUGGUGGGGAGGAGGCGGAGUGAGUGUGGUCUGGGGAGACUCACAUCUGCUUUGAACAGUCCCAGGACCUGCUGCUCUCAUGUCACCCUUCAGGGAGAGCAGAGCGAGGCCCUGGGGGGGCUCUCCUCCUUCCUGUGAGGCCAUCCAUCCGGGACACGUGACCAGCAACAAGGGGCCUGGGCUGGGUCACACCCUGUGCAUCUGUCCGUCCAUCACACUCUGAGGACUUUAUAAGCUGUCUGCACGGCUGAGGACCAUGGGAGGCAGCGCUGGGACCCUGACCCCCACUGCCCUUCUCUACCUUGGGCUGUGUCAGGGCCUGUGGGACCAGGCAUGGACAGGGACCCUCCCCAAACCCUCCAUCUGGGCUGAUCCUGGCCCCAUGGUCACCAAGGGGAGCCCUCUGACCAUCUGGUGUCAGGCGUCUCUGCAGGCUGAUGUCUACUAUCUGUAUAAAGAGAGUGUCCAUGGAUCCUGGCCCAUGAAGACCUCACAGGAUUCCAGCAACAGGGCCAGUGUCUCCUUUGCAUCCAUGAGCUCACACAAUUCAGGGAAAUACCAGUGUGCAUAUCAGAGAGGGAAGAGCUGGUCACAGGGGAGUGACCUCCUGACCCUGGUGGUGACAGGAGUGUAUGAUGCACCCUCCUUCUCAGCCAACCCAACCCUUGUGGUGGCCUCGGGAGGGAAUGUGUCCCUCUCCUGUAGCUCACCGUGGCCACGGGGGUCAUUCCAUCUGCUGAAGGAGGGGGGAGCUGAUGUGCCCCAAUACCUGGAGUUGACGUUCCGUCGGAAGCGGUACCAGGCAGUCUUCCUUGUGGGCCCUGUGAACACCUCCCAUGGGGGGACCUACAGAUGCUACAUUUCUCCCGAAUCGUACCCAUAUUUGUGGUCACAGCCCAGUAACCCUCUGCACCUUCAGGUCACAGGUGUCUACAGGGAGCCCUCCCUCUCGGCCCAGCCGGGCCCCCUGGUGCAGUCUGGAGACAGCCUGAGCCUCCUGUGUCGCUCAGAGACUGGCUUUGACAGAUUCGCUCUGACCAAGGAUGAGGAGCUCAGAGCUCCCCAGUGUCUAGACGGGCAACCCAGCCCCAACUUCACCCUGGGCCCUGUGAGCCGCUCCCACGGGGGCCGAUACAGAUGCUACUGUGGACACAAGCUCUCCUCCACGUGGUCGGCACCCAGUGCCCCUCUGGACGUCCUGAUCACAGGAAUGUAUGAGAAACCGACCCUCUCAGCCCAGCCAGGGCCUUCAGUGUCCUGGGGAGAGAACGUGACUCUGCAGUGUCGCUCUGAGGUCUGGUUUGAUAGCUUCCACCUGUCCAAGGAGGGGUCCCUGGCUCCUCCCCAGGUCCUUCAUCUGCAGGACACAGCGAUACCUAACCAGGUCAAGUUCACCCUGAGUCCUGUGACCUCAGACCACGAGGGGACCUACAGGUGCUACAGCUCACACAGCAACUCUCCCUACCUGUUGUCACAGCCCAGUGACCCCCUGGAGCUCCUGGUCUCAGGUCCCCACUGGUACCUGUACGUCCUCAUCGGGGUCUCGGUGGCCUUCGUCCUGCUGCUCGGCCUCCUCGGCCUCCUCCUGGUCCGACACCGGCGUCGGGGCAGAGGCAGGAAGCCAGCAGUGUCAGCGGAGGUGUCUGAGGACAGGGGCCUGCACGGGAGGCCCGGUCCGGCCGCCACUGCCCAGGAGGAGUCCUUGUGGGAUCUUGGCAAGAGAGGGGGCCACCUUGUUUUGUCCCCACCAGAUGCUGUCAUGGAAGACACACUGCCUGAGGAAGACAGACAGCUGGACAGCCAGUUCCAGGCUGCGGGAUCUGAAGACCCUCAAGAUGUGACCUAUGCCCAGCUGAACUACUUGACCCUCACACAGGUGACAGGUGCACCCCCUUCCUCCCAACCAGGGGAGCCCCCAGAUGAGCCCAAUGCGUAUGCUUCUCUGGCCAUCCGCUAGCCCAGGAAGGACCCAGACGGCCACUCCAGGGGUCUGCAAGGCUCCCUGCAGGGAUCCUGGAAGGCACAAUAGCUGCCCACAGUGGGUGCUACCUAAGGAGCCUGGAGGCAGGACAAAGACCAGCAGCAACUCCUGGGACCUUGUGGAAGUUGAUUGCUUCCUGAAUUCCCAUCAUGGCACAGCUGAUCUUACUGUGCCUAGGAGGAUCCCUGAGAAACGCCAAGACCUUUAAUUACCUAGUGGCAACCUUGUGGUGUCAGGGGGAACCCAGCACUAAGCUGCAAGAACUGGGGACCUUCUGGAGGCUUUGCAGUACCGGCUGCCAUCACACUGAAGCUGGGCACUUUCAACUGACCUCAGAGCCCAAGGCCUCAAAAGAUCACUCAUGAGCAAUGCUGCAGCCCGAGGGGUUGCUCAAUGCCAGGGCUUCCGGUUUCAUUGAGACCAAGCCCCUUCCUCUGCCAGGUGCAGCUCUCAACAAGGCAGAGAAAAGGGAAGCUGCUCUCCCUCCUGACCUUGUGUUCAGAAACUCCAGAUGCAGGGGGAGGGGAGCAGGGUGCCUCAGCUGCCCCUUUCCCAUCACACCAGUAAGCUUUAAACCAGCUUGUCCUUCCUGUUCAGUGCUCCCCAGCAAACCCCAAUUCAACUAGUC